AUGCUGGAAGCAAAGCAUGCUCAAGCGGCCAAGGAGCGAGCGCUGGCGUUGGAGACUCGGAAGGAAAUCGAGCUGUUUGAGCACACCACCGGCCAGCGGCUCGUCGAGCACCCCGAGUGGGUCACCGAUCCCUCGCUUGUCCUCGAGUCGAUCGAGCACCCGCACACUGCCGACGAGUUCUACUCGUACUCGUACUCGGCUGCACCUGUGCCUGGCAAGUCCCGUAAGCCGCAUCCGCCGCCCUCGGCCAACCCUCUCGCCGCCGCCGCCGCCGCCGCCUCGGAUCCGCGCCCGCCGCGGUCGGGCAAGGUCUCGCACGCGCUCUCGCCGCGCCUGGUGCGCACACUCGCACCGCCUCCACCUUCCACCCUCCGCGCCGCUGCCGAGGUUGCUGCCGAGGCCUCGGCCGCUGCAGCCACCACUGCACGGCUGCAGACAGCGCUCGGCCCGGCCGGCCGCCCGUGGACGGCGCCGUCGGCAUCGUCUACCCUCGCCACCGCUCACUUUCCGCUCGGCGCCCCACAGCAUCUCCAUCACCAUCCGCAUGCUCGCGAAGCAUGUGCAGAGCUGCACAACCCGCUCACUCGUGGCCUGCGUCACACCCGCAUCUUUCGGCACGAGCCGGCAAGCGGCAGCCAGCAGGCACAGGCGCAGGUGCGGGCGUCGGCCGCCGGCGCCUCGGCCACCGCGCCGUCGUUCUCGGUCCUCGAGCCGAUCUUCUUCUCCAACGGCGCCAAGGCCGGCACCGCCGCGCGGUCCGAGCCGGUCCAGCAUCCGCGGCCGUGGGGCGGCGUCCGCCAGCGUCGCAUCGACAAGCCGUCGGAGCGUCUGUACCACGCCCAGCGGCGGUGGGCCCGCGAGCGGGCCUCGGUCGCCGCUCACGACUCGGCCCGCUACCUUGCGGCCAAGGCACCGUUCCGCGCCGAGCUGAAGUCGUCGCUGCGGGCGCGCCGCUCGGCCCGGACAGCGCUCGAGCUCGCCAUCGGCGCCCCGGUCGCCGUCGCCGCCUGGCGCGCGUCGGAAGGGUCGCGAUCGUUGCAGCGCCGCGGCGCCGCACGCCCGCCGCUCUCGCCGCCGCGAGGGCUCAAGUCGUCGUACGCCGCCCGCGAGGCCCGCAAGGAAGUCGCCCAGACCCGCCGUGACAUGGAGGCCUUUGACGUUCACCUCCUCGAGCUCAAGACCUCAUCCAUCUACUCCAAGAUCACCGACCGCGACUUCUCCGAGGAUGACUGGGGCCUCGGCGAGACCAUGGGCAACGAUCGUCCGCCGUCGCGCCUCACGCCGCGCGCUCAGGCCUUUGCCGAGGCCGUCGCCAUGGUCGGCGUCGGCGAUGACGACGAGGACUUUGGCUACGACAGCUACGACGGCUCCGACUCGGCAUAGCGCCGCGGCCCGCGACCCGCGACUCGCUUGCUGGCUUCAUUGAAGAAACAGACGGCUACUC